ACGUACGAGCAAGCGUUGGUAGUCACCGCGGCCCCAGCCAUGAAGACUGCCUCACCGACACAAUUUUGUACGCUGCUGACGCUGCAGAUUCGCAUGUUCCACAGGCGGGCUGCGCGCAUCUCGACGGCGUUGAAAGACGGCGGUGGCCAAUCCAUGGACGAGCUCACUACCAUCUCAUGGGGCGAGACCUUCUUCCCGACGUCGGACACGAUGGAGGUCAACGAGGGCGAGAAUAGCGUGCUUCGGCAGCUCAAGAGCGACCCCCGCGCCACCGGGGGCCUGGCAAGCAACGGGAGGGUGGCCACGAAGCAGAAGGGCAUCGACGGUGGUUCGGUCGAGGCGCCCAGCGGCGACGGGGCCAGCGCAUCCGCCGCGUUAGCUCCAGCCGCCUGCGCCGCGGCAG